AUGGUGAAGACACAGAAGUACGUGCUUGCUAAGCAUUUCCAAGGUGCACCAAAAGAAAGUGAUUUUAAGCUCGUGGAGGAGGAGCUGAGAAGUAUCGUCAGUGGGGAGAUGCUGUUAAAGACGGAAUUCAUAACAGUGGAUCCUUACAUGAGGGUGAUUGAAAGCCGUCAUGCAGACUAUCCUGUUGACACUGUUGUAGUGAAUCGCAACGGAUGGACUACGUAUAGUAUUUCAAGUGGAAUAAACGUAGAAAUCUUCUCUAGCUCUGCAGGAUCUCCAUUAAGGAAGCUCACAUUUCCACCUGACUUACCACUGUCCUUGGCACUGGGAGUUUUAGGAAUGCCAGGAGGAACUGCAUACUAUGGCUUAUUAGAUUUGUGUAAACCUAAAGCAGGGGAAACUGUAUUUGUAAAUGCAGCAUCGGGUGCAGUUGGUGGAAUAGUUGGACAGAUUGCCAAGAUUAAGGGAUGUACCGUUAUUGGCUGUGCUGGUACGGAUGAUAAAGUUGAAUUACUGAGAGAAUUAGGUUAUGACAAAGUGUUUAACUACCGAACUGAGAACUUGGACGAUGCAUUGACUAGAACCGCUACUAAUGGUAUCGAUUGUUAUUUUGACAAUGUUGGCGGUCCAUUUUCAAGUACAGUGUACAAACAUCUUAAUACAUUCGCCCGUGUGGCUGUUAUUGGGUCAAUAUCACAAUACAAUAAAAUCAAUGCAGACAAAGUAACAUCAAUAGAGACCACCGUAAUAAUGAAAUGCUUGACUAUAAGAGGAUUUAUGUUUCCCCAUUAUGAGCAUAAAGCUUCGCAGGCAUAUGAUGAAAUGUUGGAAUGGAUAACUGAGCACUACUUCAGCGUCAAAUCAGAGCCUCGUGGUGGUGUGAAACUAUCUCCGGUCAGAUCUACGAGGAAAUCCGUGUUGAAGGCGUUCCAGGAGAAUGUCAUCCGUGAAGUCGUCACCUACACGGAGCAUGCCAAGAGAAAGACCGUAACCGCCAUUGAUGUAGUCUACGCACUGAAUCGCCAGGGUCGUACCACGGUAGUAACCGUGGUCGUACAUACAGUUUUGGUGGAUAAAAGUAGAAUUUCAACCCAAACAAAACGGCCCUUUUCAAGGCUACCACAUUCUCCAAAAAGAGAACUACCGUAUUAUAGUAUGUGCGUGUGUGAAGGUGGUCUUUAUCUGGCUUUGGCAAUAAGGUAA